AUGUCUAUUGUGCGUGUCCCGCUUCGCCCAGGCUCCGAUGGCGACGCCACUCAUCGACCGACAUCUACGACCCACACUCUGGUUGAUCCGCCAAGCCUCUACCUAGAAAAGCUUGGAAUGCUAUGGAUGAAGGAUAGAGGGGAGGCGCGCCCAGGAAUCACCUACUUCCUCGAGCGUCUGCCAUCCGGCUAUGCGCUCUACCAGAAGUCGCGGCCUUCUAAUCCACAACAUAUCGAUAAGUGGCUGUAUGGUCACCCAAGCCGCAAAACCUUUGAUUCCCCAAACCGGUUCUUCCCACACUUCAAGUAUCUCAUGGAGAAUGGCGGUGAUAGUUUCGGAUGUCCUUGUACGGUAUGUCACGCCAUUGGAGGAGUCGUUCCCCGGUUUGGUUCAAUGACCCCAGGCUCCAUUUCAAUUCAGAAUCGGAGUGCGAGUAGUCGCUCCGGCGGUUCGACUCCCUACCGCCAGGGCAUGCCUUUGGGUCCCGUUGGUUACAGGAGUCGGCCAAAAAUAUCUGGUCCUGGAGCCGACAAGAGCCACGUGGACGAAGAAGGCAACCCAGAUGUCAUCCGAAAUCUCAUCAACAAGCUUAAACGCCAGGGACACUUAGACGACAGCAUAUCAGAGCCAAUGAGCUUAGACUGGCGCGCCGAACAGGGCCUUCUUCCGCAGCUACUUAAAUCCAUCAAGAAGCAACCGCAAUACAAGCCACGACCGGGAGAAAUCGUCCUAUUUGUCAGAGAACUACCAGCAGGCACACAACUCACUAUAAAUAGAUCUGUCAACAAGAUUAUGAUCUGGGAUCCAUCGAAGAAGGAAUACUGCAGCAGCCCAGUGUGGGAGGCUGGCGUUGUUGGGCAGGCAUCUGCUGAGACAUGUACUGGGGACUUUUACGAGGACGAAUUGGGAAACGAAUCAAAUGUGAGCAACUCAGGAAUGCGUGUCGAGCCGUUGCCAGACCUGAGCAGCGAGAGCAAGUCUGUUUCGAAAAACUACGUCUACGUUCCACUGCUUCACACCAGGCCCUUUGUGCUCUGGAAUACACUCCUAAGCGAAACGCUUGUGAAUGAUCUGCACCCAACCAUAAGGAACGCUUUAACUGUUAUGUCUUCAAUCUCAUUAGUGGGAAAGUACCGGUUUAAAGGAAAUUGGCCAGAAGCUGAUAUCUACUGCCAUGGUCUGUACAUCGGGUCGGAGCUCAUCACCGUGGGCGAUACCGUUCGACUUGGACCCAGGCUCGAAGAUACUACCUGUUCAGAAGUUUUAGUCAUAACCUCAAUCCGCUUGAGACUCUCUAAUCUGGACCUAGCCUCAGACAACGACUUCGACGAGGGCCGACCGUACAAUACUACAGCUUAUCUCUUUGGAAAGGGCUUUACUAUUGACAAAUCACACUCCAAGGAUGAGUGGCUAGUAGACGGUGAGAGUCUCUCGCCGGUUCUGAACAGUUAUACGGAAGCUGGUAGCAGCCUUAUAGGGCUCUCCUGGUAUCCACUCCAUCCCCCAGGCCGCGAUAUCCAAAUCCACUAUUCCCGCAUUGUCGGUCGCGUCUUUGAGCCAGAUGCUCUUACCUUCUGGAUCCCGACGUUCUCGCGUUCGCUUCCCCACCUCGGCGCCAGUCUCAGUGUAGGUCUUCCGGGUCUUGAAUAUGCGCGUGACUUCUCCCGCAAGCAUGAUACCCGUAUCACGCGCGAGUUCGGCAGUCGUUGGUUCUGGGCAGAGUCGCGUUCGGAUGCGCUGGGACUCGAGACUGUCAAUGGCCUCGAAGUUGAUAAAUUCGACCCAGAGCGCGACCCGAAACAAGGCAGGAAGUUAUUGAAGGCGAUUGAGGGUGAAAUGCCACAUACAUCAAAGGGGAAACGGAGGCACCAACUCCUAUCCGGAUCCGGCCCGAUCAAUCUAAGGGGCUUUAUGGCGCCGACAAUGCUGCCGCACCAGCCUGAGAGUUCGGAGAUGGACACUAACACAGAGGAGGCGAGUUCUGGCGAAGGAAGACGGCAGAAACUGAUUACGAAGAAGAGAGCAAAGUCAUUUGAUCUAGGCAGCGGUAUUGAGAGGGAAAGGGGCCAAAAGAAAUUGCUGAGGAAAAGAGCGAAGGUCGUAGAUUUGAGCAGCGAUAGCGAGGAAGAGAUGGAGAUCAGAGAGCACAUGCGGAUUGUGGAGAGUAUUGAGGAUGGGCCUGGAGAAUGGAGGAAGCAGAAGGUUGAAGUGAGGAUUUGAGAAGGAUGGGAUGCUAUAUCAGUCAGUCCAGAGCCAGACAGGGUGAACUUACGAAAGAUCUCAUGAGAUGCGAAUGCUGCUCUCAAGAGUUCUGAUAAGAGUUCACGGGAGAAUAAAACUGCAAGAAGGGGCAGAAGGGAG